AAUAUGUACAUAUUUAUAAGUGGUAUGGAUGUUACAGUGUAUGCAAAAAAAACAAAAGUCCCCGUGUUGGUACAAAGUCUGCCAAGGCCAUCAUUUUCAACUGACAAAAAAAAUGACAGAUUAUUAUGAAUUAUUAUUAUGUGUUGGGGGGGGUUGCGAGAGGAAGAAGUGUUCUGUCGAGUUUAGCACUGUUAAGUCCGAGAGGCUUUGAAUGCAUCGCUCUGUAAAUUGAGGGGGAAACUUGGGAGAGGACGAGCGAGCUUCGAAGUGAGCUGAUUUCAAAGUACUGUACAUAGUUCACCUUGCUCCUAUUCUUUUGUUUGUAUCAAUUGCAUUCUCACGUCAUUAUAAUAGAAUGAUAUUGAAGGUGAAUCCCCCCACGCAAUAUAUAUGGCUCUGUGUGUUUUUGAUGCGUUUGCGAACCACGCCCCAUGGGCGGGCCGACCCUAAAUGUAGCUUGUUUGUUUCUCGAGGCCAGCGCCAUACAGCGACAGGCAGAACAACGAAAUGCUUUUCGACGAGAUGGCAGAAGGUCCGAUCACCUGGUGCGGCCCGAGCAGAAUUCGAUUUUGGGGCCCCACCGUGUUUAAUAUGUUCAAAAAAACAACCGCCACCAAAUCCUCACGCAUUUGGGAGCGUCUCUGGUCUGGCCGUGUCCACCUUUUGUCAUUCACAGGUCACGUUUCACACUAAGUCCACCAUUCAGACAAGCUCAUCUAUAUGUACUUUUUGAGAUUUUACGACUGUCAAAUACGUCUUGGCUGAAUGAAGGUUUUACCAGCAACCUCGUGACAGCAUCUCGUUUCAGAUAGUUGCGUUUGGAGUCCACACCGGCGCGCCCGUUGACGCCAUUCUGUACUUUUCCGUCGUCUUAUGUCCGCCAUUUGCGUGCAACGAGACACCGUGUGUGAGCAAAGCGACUCGAAAAGACGUUGCUCAGGGUCUGCCAAACCAGUUUGUCGACUUGUGUGAAGCGUUUUUGUGCGCUUUCCUGGCGUCACCGGCUGAAGGUAAGCGCCGCUGCGUCGUCGCGAACUUCCAAACGCUUGUAAUUUGCCCUCGUCUGACUUGGAAGUGACAUUUGGGCCUAAUUUCUGCCACGAAAGUGAAGGAGCAACGAAUCAAAAGCUGCUCUUGAUUCAGCGCGAGCACUUCCAAGUCCGAACUGCAGACUGCCACUGCAUCCUCAGCUGUCACACUUGACGCGAUUGCGUUUCAGCAUGAACAUGUUCAGGAAGGAAAAGGGCUCGCCGGCGGCCUCGUCUCCACCGCUGCCGCCGAGGUCCCUGCCCAGCGAGCAGGGAAGCAACCGCGAAGCCGCAAGUCUCCCGAAGUCAAAGAGGACUCGGGUGAUGGGCGUUAUGCAGAAAGUCGUCAACCCCUUCAAGGCUUCAUCGCAGACUGCUGACUCGUCAGAACCGAGAAAAGACUCCGCGCAGAACCCCGGAAUGAUUUCCAGUGUCAUCCAGAAGGUCAACCCGUUCAAAUCCUGGCACUCCAAGGACGCGCAGCCUCCCCAGAUCGACGCUUCCUCUGGCCGAGAGAGCCGGACGGACUCAGACGACCUGUCCGACGAGCCGGACGUGGCGUCACGGGCCAGCGCCGAGAGCUUCGACGCCGCCGCCGCGGAGAGCCCCUCCGUUUGGUACGUAGACGACGUCGGCAGCGCGGAGCUGAAAAGCCCAGCAAACGAGCGGCCAAAGACGAGGAAGAAGACCUUCAGAAUCAAAAGAAUUCUUCCCACUGCACUUUUUAGCUCUGGAUCAAAGGACUCGGACGCUCGGCCUCAGGAGGUGGAGGUCCAAACACUGGAGAUGGUUGACAUGCCUGAGCUCCACGACCCGAGCGUCUUGGACCCUCUGGAGGAUGAAGAUGGACUCCUGGCGUGGUGGAGAACGGUUGACGGCUGGACCGAGUGGAACGAGACCGCCCACAACCACCAGUCUGAAGAGGUGGCGGAAGAAGCGGCGGACCGCGUGUUCAUGGCGGCGCGCCUGUUCGUCGACCUGUUCAACCGGCGCGGCGCCUCGCUCCAGCGGCGUGUCCUGUCGCUCCUGACCCUGGCCGACGCCGCCGACGACUUCCACAAGAAGACGGUGUCGGCCAGCGUGGGCGGCGGUGUGGCCGGCGUGGCCGGCUCCAUCACCACCAUCACUGGACUCGUCCUGGCCCCGUUCACGGCCGGAACGUCGCUCAUUGUCACAGCCGUGGGCAUCGGCGUGGCCACGGCCGGCGGCGUGGCCUCAGCCUCGGCCAACAUCACGGACACGGUGCACUCCAAGGCGGACCGCAAGAAAGUGGAGAAAAUGAUCCAGGACUACCAGGAGGAGAUGAACGACAUCAAGGACUGUCUGGAGUUCUUACAGGAAGGAAUGGAGACUCUGGAGGAGUGGAACUUUGAGCAGUACGCCCGGAGCAUCUCCCAGAAGCAUCUGAACCAGAACGUCAAACACGUCAUGAAAGAGGGCGGCCGGGCCGGCAAGGCUUUGGUCAUCAACACGGAGAGCCUGAUCAGCACCGUCCAGGUUCUCAGCGUGGCGGGCGGUGCCGCCAAAGCCGCCCAGGUCAUGAGCAUCACCACCGGAGUCAUGUCCGGACUCUUCCUGGCGCUCGACGUCUUCUUCUUGGCUAAGGACUCGGCGGAGCUGCGGAAGGGCGCCAAAACGGAGUUCGCCGCCAAGAUCCGAGACGUUUGCAAGGACCUGCAGGACGGGCUCCUGGAGCUCAACCGCAUCAAGGAAGAGCUGCAGAAGACCAUGGACGGCAUCCAGGUGGAGGAAGAGGAUGAUAAUGACCAGGACGAUGACCGGGUCCUCGAGUCGGAGCUCGAGAAACUUGAGCUGGAAGAGUGAAGUAACCUGGGUGCACCUGCCAAGUCCAUUUGCAAGCUUUCUUUUCAAUCAAAUAAUGUACUCUUAAUUUCUUUCAAUAAAACUUGCUGACUUCUGA